ACGCAGAAGAAGAGUGUCCCAAAGUGGCAACUAGCCAGUAGACAUGUCACACAAGUAAUGGACUGUAAUGCUAACUUGGUUGAGUCGAGGCAGUGAGUUGUCAAAAAAGUGUUUUCAAAUCCGACUGGGACAUUUUGACUACUGGAACAACUUAUAAGUUAGCGAGUCAGACUAGUCGGCUCGACGUUCCAAACAUAUUCUACUCGGAAGGAGAAAAAAGUGGUUAGCUCACUUUGGCUGGCUAGCUGGGAAGCUCCAGAGAAGUCACGUCAGAGCUUUUUUCACAGCCAUGUCCACGGCCGGAGACUUUGGAAACCCUCUAAGAAAAUUUAAAUUGGUCUUUCUCGGAGAACAAAGUGUGGGGAAGACCUCGCUGAUCACCAGGUUUAUGUAUGACAGCUUCGACAACACUUACCAAGCCACAAUCGGAAUAGAUUUCCUGUCAAAAACUAUGUAUCUCGAGGACAGAACAAUCAGAUUGCAGUUGUGGGACACGGCAGGCCAGGAGCGAUUUCGCAGCCUCAUCCCAAGUUACAUCAGAGACUCUGCCGCCGCCGUCGUGGUGUACGACAUCACAAAUGUAAACUCUUUCCAGCAAACCACCAAAUGGAUCGAUGAUGUGAGAACAGAGCGAGGAAGUGAUGUCAUUAUCAUGUUGGUGGGAAACAAGACAGACCUUGCAGAUAAAAGACAGAUUACCACAGAGGAGGGAGAGCAGAGGGCAAAAGAGAUGAAUGUUCUAUUUAUUGAAACGAGUGCAAAGACAGGCUACAAUGUCAAACAGCUCUUCCGGCGCGUGGCAGCCGCCCUCCCUGGCAUGGACACAACACAGGACAAAAACAGGGAGGACAUGAUCGACAUUAAACUGGAGAAACCGCCGGAACAGCCUGCCAGCGAAGGCGGUUGUGCCUGCUAGUUGUUACUGGGAAAUGGGUUGAAAUGUCUCUAUCUGUACCCUUCACUACAUCCGCCUCACUUGCCCCCAACCCGGAGGAGAAUGGAGAACGCUCGUCGGGUGGCCGUUAACGUCUCAAAUCGAUACUUGCACGGUAUUCACAGCUCCAGUGUCGGUCUGUUAAGGAGAUGGUGGCACAAGCGGAAUAAGACAAAAUGACACUAACACUUUUUGAAUCACACGUCAAUUUGAGAUAGUGUGUUGAAUGAAUAAAGAGCGUCACAUUAACAUCCAGGAUUCUUCCAUAAUUUGUCAUUGACAAACUACUCUUGGCCUUGUGAAGUUAGCCCACCAUCAGACGCAAAUUUGAAGAAAAAUUGUCAUUCGUUUGUGCUGAAAGAAAAAUUCGUUUAUGCUGCUAUCGUUUUUACAUAUAUACAAUUCUGUUAUCGGAGGUCAACCAGGCCCCCAUUUUGAUUAAAAAUGUUGUCAAUCGUUCGUGCUGUCAAAAUUUUCAUUUAUGCGGCUGUCGUUUUUGAGAUGUUGAGAUAUUAAUUUCGAGUGUUGAUGACGAUAUUGCAAAAUGGACCUGAAAUGGUGCCAAUCGUUUCUACUACGUUUGCGCUACUUGUUGGGCACCUCUCCGUUACUGAGAGAGUCGGUACUCUUCUCUCGAAAUUAAUAUCUAAAUAUAAAAUGACAGCAGCACAAACUAAAAUUUUUACAGCACAAACGAAGCAUAACCGAAUGACACCAUUUCGGGUCCAUUUUGCAAUAAACAGGCGGGGGUAUGUUUGUGACGACAUCUCUCGAAAUUAAUAUCUCAUAAACGAUAGCAGAAAAAACGGAAUUUUUUACAGCACAAAUGUUUGUGCUAGGUUUGUGCUCGUUUGUGCGGCUAUCGUUUUUAAAACAUUGAGAGAUUAAUUUCGAGUGAUGUUAUGUUAUUGCAAAAGCAACCUAAAACAGAGCCCUUCGUUUAUGCUACGUUUGCACUAGUUAUUGGACAUCCCUCCGUUAUUGAGAGAGUUGAUACACUUCACUCGAAAUUAAUAUCUUAAUAUAAAACGAUAGCACAAACCAAAAUUUUUAUUGCACGAGUUAUUGGACAUCUCUCCGUUAUUGAGAGAGUUGAUACACUUCACUCGAAAUUAAUAUCUUAAUAUAAAACGAUAGCACAAACCAAAAUUUUUACAGCACAAACGUAGCAUAAACGAAUGGGUCCAUUUUGCAAUAAACCGGGGGAGUUGGGUGGGAAGUGUACGUGACGUCAUCUCUUGAAAUUAGUAUCUCAAUAUCUCAAAAACGAUAGCAGAACAAAUUUUUACAGCACAAAUGUUUGUGCCAGGUUUGUGCUCGUUUGUGCUGCUAUCGGUUUUUAGAUAUUAACAAUUCUUUUAUGUCAAUCUGAGGUCAACAGGCCCCCUAUUUUGAUUUAAAAUGGUUUCAAUGGUUUGUGCUGUAAACAUUUUUCAUUUGUGCUGCUAUUGUUUGAUAGUCAUUUCAAUUGAUAACGUCAACGAAGCAUACCAACCCAAGAACAGGGGUGUCCCAACAACUAGCGCAAACGUGGCAUAAACGAAUGGAACCAUUUUGGGUUCAUUUUGCAAUAAAUGGGGGGCUGCGUGACAUCAUCACUCGAAAUUAAUAUCUCAAAAACAAGCAGCACAAAUGAACAUGUUUACAGCACAAACGACUGACACCAUUUUUAAUCAAAAUGGGGGUCUGGUUGACCUCAGAUUGACCUAUACUAUAGCAGCAGAAACCUAGCACAAACGACAUAAUUUUUGUAUAAAUUUUCGUCUGAUUGGGGGCCAACUUCACGGAGGUACUACUAUUGUGUAAGCACGGUUGCACUAAAAGCAAACAGGCAUGAUAGCAACCCAAAAACAGGUGUGACAUGUCAAAGCAACCUUUCACAGCAAGGUCACUCAACUCCUGUUAUUUCCCAGUAUGACAUGAAAAAUCACCACUUUCCCUUUUAUUUAGUUGCUGUUUGACAGUUUUCAGCAUGGUUUUCUACCCUUUUUUUAUUUGGAUAGAUCUUUUUUUUUUAAAUUGUAAGAGUAUCAUAGCUAUUUGUUCCAUGAUAGUGUUCGAUCAAGAUUUUCUCAUAUAUACAGAGUAAUUAUUUUAUGACUUACUGUAAAGCUUAGAAAUGGGAUGCAGUGUGUUUUUCUAAGUAAAAUGAGGGCUUCUUUUCUUGAUAAGGUUGUAAGCUCAUUGGCUGCCAUUGACAGUGAUGGACUUCUGAUCCGUUCCAACUUGGACGUCUAUCAUUUGUUUCCGUCAUGACUGUCAAUGAGUUAAGAACUUAAUUUUGGGUGUUGAUUUUUUUUUUGUUUUGUUAGCGAUUUAUCUACACGUGUAUUUCAUCCACAAUUACUUGUUUUAUUUAUUUCAUAUUUCUUUUUUUAUGGAUCAAAUUUUUUUUCAUUCUUGAAAUUGCUAAUUUUCAUACGACUGUAAGCCACCACAUCUUGUCAAGCACAUCUAUAUACUACUUCUAAAUAGUUGUCGAAUCAUGCACUUUUCACUGUGCAUUUUUAGUUUGUGUCAAUAUCCAGAGGAGGUUCUAUACAGUCAUUUCUGCCUGAAACUGUUUUAAAUGGGGGGAAAAUAAAAUGAACUUGUUACUGCUGCUGUAA